UCCCUGACAUCCAAAAGUAUUCGUUACAUUUUGAAUGGCUAGCAGGACAGGAAAAUUGUCAAAUUCAUGCACUUAUCAAGAGAACAUCCCUGGUCAUCUAUUGCCUCUGAUCUUGUGGACUCAUUAAGCACAAAUGCUUCGUUUGUAAAUUAUGCCUGAGUGUUGGAGUGUGCCCUUGGUUAGCCGUAAAUAAUAAAACAAGAAAAUGGUGCAGGGAAUUUGAAAUGAUUGAUACUUUUACUUUUGAUACUUAAAUUAUUUGGUGUUAAAUAUACUUUUGACUUUUACACAAGUAGUAUUUUACUGGGUGACUUUUACUUGAGUAAUUUUCUAUUACGGUAUCUUUUACUUUUACUCAAGUAUGACAAUUGGGUACUUUUUCCACCACUGCAAAAAAUUUCACCAUGACACACUGCAUUUAGAUAAAAAGAAUUGUGUGAAAAAAAAUACAAAAUGCCCUUAUGUUGAUGACCUUUUGCAAAUCCAAUCAGUUUUCCACGUUGAUUCAAGGUCAUCAGAUACAAAAAAAAAAAAAAAAAAAAAAAAGGAUGACGUGGAAACAACCCUUAAUUCAACCAUUUUUUUUUCCCAGUGGGAGGCUACUGUUACUCUUAAAUAACAUAUUGUUUAUUUAGCCUACUAUUAUUGCUAGACUUGUGUUGAACGUUUUCCAUAUGAGGUUUUGCAUAAUGUGCUCUCCUUAAACAGGUGUUCUCUUUACUUAUGAAUUUACAUCCACCCAGGCAUAUUCCAAUCUUGAGGAUGGCAACGAAGUGUUUGGUGUUCGGCACACAAUGUGUUGCCAAGAGUGACCACAGCCAGCCCAAAACUGGUGAACUGGCCUAUCGCAAAGGAGACAUCCUCACUAUUAUUAGAACAGGAAUGGGGAAAGAACAUUACAAGGCCAGACACAACACCACAGGAGAGGAAGGACUCAUCUUUGCCACCAACAUGCGAGAGCGAGAGGCCAUUCGUGUCGACCCCAGUCUCAGUCUCAUGCCCUGGUUCCAUGGGAAGAUCUCAGGUCCCGAGGCGGUGUCCAAGCUGCGGCCUGUAGAGGAUGGCCUGUUCCUGGUGCGGGAGUCCAUCCGCCACCCUGGUGAUUAUGUGCUCUGUGUCGGCUACUCCAGCCAGGUCAUCCACUACCGAGUCAUGUACCAGCACAGCAAACUGACCAUCGACAACACCCAGUACUUCUACAACCUCAUAGACAUGAUAGAGUUCCACUCCAAGCACAAGGGAGCUAUCGCCACCAAACUUCUGAAGCCCAAAGAUAAGGAGGGCACCAAGUCAGCUGAGUUGGAACUGUCUAAAACGGGAUGGCUGCUGGACAUCAGGAAGCUGACCUUGGGAGAGAGUAUCGGAGAGGGGGAGUUUGGAGCGGUGUUUGAAGGAGACUACAUUGGCCAGAAGGUGGCAGUAAAGAACAUCAAAUGUGAUGUAACGGCACAGGCAUUCUUAGAAGAGACCACUGUUAUGACGAAACUGCAGCAUAAGAACCUGGUGCGGUUGUUGGGGGUGAUCGUAGACAAUGGACUGCACAUCGUCACAGAGCUCAUGGCCAAGGGUAAUCUGGUGAACUUCCUCCGGACGAGGGGCCGUUUUGUCAUUAGCACUGGCCAGCUUCUACGUUUUGCACUAGAUGUGUGCGAGGGCAUGGAGUACCUGGAGUCUAAGAGGUUGGUUCACAGAGACCUAGCUGCCCGUAACAUCCUGGUCUCCAACGAAGGCGUGGCCAAAGUCAGUGACUUUGGGUUGACCAAGGUGGACUGCAAGGCCUCGGACAAUGCUAAACUACCAGUCAAAUGGACAGCCCCUGAGGCCCUGAAGAAAGAGAAAUUCUCCAUGCGGUCAGACGUAUGGAGCUAUGGUGUUCUCCUCUGGGAGACGUUCUCCUACGGUCGACAGCCCUACCCCAAGAUGUCUGUGAAGGAGGUGAAGGAGCGGGUGGAGCAGGGUUACCGUAUGGAUGCUCCAGAGGAGUGCCCCCCCAGUGUCUACGCCCUGAUGAGGGGCUGCUGGGAGGCCGAGCCCAAGAAAAGGCCCUCCUUUCAUAAACUACAGGAGAAGAUAGAGAGAGAGCUGACCAAACACAGCCCUGGGCCUGCCUGCUGAGGUCACCUCAAUAAUCCUAUUCAAAUAACUAUUGUUCUUUGUUCAGAGCUGCCUGGAGAUGGACAGUAACCCGGGACAGGUGGACCGAAGUGAGCCUGAACCCACAGAAGGCUGGUCAGGGUUGGAUCUAAUGGUAGUGACUCAUAAAGAGGCUGAACAUUGGCUGAUUUUGCGAAGGGGACAUGCAGCAUACAUCUUUCUUAGAUCAUCAAUGAGCCUUUAUGCACACUCACUAUGACUCCAUACUAGAGGUCGACCGAUUAUGAUUUUUCAACGCCGAUACCGAAUAUUGGAGGACCAAAAAAGCCGAUGCUGAUUAAUCGGCCGAUUUGUAUUUAUUUAUUUGUAAUA